AUGAUGGACAAGAUCGAGAAAUUUUUGACAGUUUCUCUUUAUAAAUAUUUGUAUAACCAGAAAGACUCCGAAGAUCAAAUAAAAAAUGAUUUAAUCAAAGAACGAAUAGAAAGUUUCCAAUGGAUAACUUUGAGGCACCUCGAGUUAGAGGUCACUCUUGAUAACGUGGAAGUAGCGACUCUACUAAGCAAAGCAAUACAAGAAAUAUCUAGAAUGCAUUCAAGUUUGGCGCCUGAGGAUAAGCUAUCAUGCAACACUAAAUGUUGUCGUACGGUGAUUUCUAUGCUUCAAGUAUGCUCUGCAACGUCUGUUAAUGCUGAUGUAUUUCUACCUGCGUUAAUUUACGUUUUAAUCAAAGCAAACCCGAUAAAUCUUCAAUCUGAUAUUCAAUAUAUCAUGCGAUUUACGAACGCACUUAGACUUAAUUCAGGCGAAGCGGGUUAUUACUUUACAAACUUAUGUUGUGCUGUAGCUUUUAUUGAUAACCUGCAAGCUGAUCAAUUAUCAAUGACAACAGAAGAGUUUGAAAGGUAUUUCUCGGUUUUGUUAUUACUAUUACAUGAAGUUAAAAACUGCCCGAAUAUCUUUUACUGCUUAUUUUAUGGCUCUGUCAUUAUUUUAAUCGUCGUAGAUAUAUGA